AUGUCAUCGGAUAGCCUGUUCGACUCAUCCAUGGCAGAUGCAGCACUCAGCAAGACCACGAAACCAUCCUAUUUCUUCCCCUGGGCGACAUCACCAGAUAUCAUCCGCGCGCAUGAGAAAGACAACUACAUCACCAGCACGCUCUCGACACAAGCUCAAUCCAUCAUCCGCACCCUCCGAGGACAGAGAUAUGCCCAUACACAUAGCGACGCUAUCAAAAAUGCCAUUGAAAUACUAUACCUCUCCCUCACAACGCUCAUCGGCAACAGGACACUAGGCGAAGAAUACUGCGAUGUCGUUCAACUCGAAGACGAUACGCUACAGCUUCCCGCCAUAGGCCGACGAGCAGGAUAUAUCGUCAGUUCGAUACUGGUUCCGUCGAUACUGCAGCGUCUACUGCCUGCUCUACGACGCAAGCUACGCGCAAAGCUGGAACGCAGCAUUGCCAGGAAACAAGCGAGGCUAGACAUAAGCGGGAAGAAAGAGAAACAAGCUGACUUCUGGCUGCGGUUUCAGCGGUAUAUUCUUGAGCAUCUCAAUUCGCUUACGUCGCUUUCACCUUUUUUUGCAGUGAAUUUGGCGGCGUUUUAUUUCUCAGGAGCAUAUUAUCAUUUGUCUAAACGGGUGUGGGGGCUACGGUAUGUUUUUACCAAACGAAUCGGCGACAGUGAGGAGAGGAUUGGAUAUGAGGUUCUUGGGGUGCUGCUAGUGUUGCAGAUUGUAGUACAGGCGGUUGUGCAUGCAAAGGAGGUUAUUGAGUCGAUACAGUUGGAGGAGGAGAGGGGGGUUUCGGCACAGGUAUCUACGGAGGGUGCAGCGGCGAAGGGCGGAGGAGGGCUGAAGAGUAUUCGUAUGCCGGAUGGUAUGGCGCUAUUGACACCGGAGGAAGCACAGUACGAUAUGUCCCUGGAGCAGGAUGCUUUGGCCAUGUCGUGGAUACCCACUGGACCGCAGCGAAAGUGUACGCUGUGCCUGGAUCCAUUCAAGGACCCGAGUGUGUCGACGUGCGGCCAUGUCUUUUGCUGGGCGUGUAUACGAGAUUGGGUGCAGGAGAAGCCGGAGUGUCCAUUGUGCAGACAAGAGGCGCUUGCGUCGAAGAUACUGCCUCUCAGGGGGUGA